AUGGUGUUUUUUGGCUACAUGGUCUUCAGCAUAGCACUUGGGUUCCUGGCUGACAGGUAUGGUCGCUGGAAGAUUCUGCUGCUCUCAUUCCUCUGGGCAGCCUAUUUCUCCCUGCUGACCUCAUUUGCUCCAUCCUACAUCUGGUUCGUGUUCCUAAGGGCCAUGGUAGGCGGUGGCGUGUCGGGCCACGCACAAGGGCUUAUCAUAAAGACAGAAUUUUUGCCCACUAAAUACCGAGGAUACAUGUUGCCCUUAUCUCAAAUAUUUUGGUUGGCAGGAUCCUUGUUAAUCAUUGGGCUGGCAUCAGUGGUGAACCCAACCAUUGGCUGGCGGUGGCUAAUCAGAGUUGCCUCCAUCCCUGGCAUCUUGCUCAUCCUGGUGUUCAAGUUCAUCCCGGAGUCGGCGCGAUACAACAUCUCCACAGGAAAUACAGCAGCUGCCCUGGCCACACUGCAGAGGAUAGCCAAGAUUAACAAGGCAGCAAUGCCCGAGGGGGUGCUGAAAGAUUCCCCCAAGGAAAGGAGAGGAAGAUUCAAGGACCUCUUCCACCCCAAAUACCUCAGAACCACUUUGCAGAUAUGGAUCAUAUGGCUCGGCAUAGCUUUUGCUUAUUACGGCGUCAUCUUGGCCAGCACCGAGUUACUGGAGCGGGACCCGGUCUGUGGCGCCGCAGCAGCCCCGGCACCGGGCCCCAGCCUGGCCUCUGAGGAGACCCACAGCCCCUGCCACUGCCGCUUCCUGGGACCCGCAGCCUACCAGACCAUGAUCAUCAGCACCGCGGGAGAGAUCGCACUAAAUCCUUUGAACAUUCUUGGCAUCAAUUUCCUUGGAAGACGCCUGAGCCUGUGUAUCACCAUGGGAUGCACGGCGCUGUUCUUUCUUCUCCUUAAUAUCUGCACCUCAAGCACAGGCAUGACUGGGUUUCUCUUCAUGCUGCGUGCCUUGGUUUCAGCAAACUUCAACACCAUCUACAUUUACACAGCAGAGGUUUACCCCACCCCAAUGCGAGCCUUGGGGAUGGGAACAAGCGGGUCAUUGUGCCGUGUUGGAGCUAUGGUGGCCCCAUUUAUAGCACAAGUUCUCAUGAGUGUUUCCUUCAUUGGGGCCCUCUGUCUUUUUGCAUCUGUGUGCGUCGUCUGCGCAAUCUCAGCGGUCACGCUGCCCAUCGAGACCAAGGGCAGGGCACUGCAGCAAGUAAAAUGAAAGUGAGCGUUUGAUGUUGGACUGGGUAGGAAAGAAAAAUAAACCUUUGGAAUCUGUCAUUUCCUGUGAGCUGCAUUUGAUGUUGAUUGCUUCUCCAAACCGUAUCCAUUAUUAAAAAUAAAUAAAUAAAU